AUCUUUAAUCAGUCAAUUUUUUCACCGAAUUAUAUCUGCUAUGUUUGGAAAAUUUUUGUUAUUUUUUUAUUCCGAGGGCUAACCUUAAAAAGUGUUCGUAAAUAAUUGUAAAUUAACAUUGUUGAGGUUUCUUAAUAUUCUUAACAUAUUUACUGUUCUUUAAUUGCUUCAUAAACAAGAUCAUGAGUUUAUACCUAUUUAUUUAUUAUGCAAAAGCGUCGUAUAUUUUCCUGCAAAACAUAUUAUACUUGUCAUUUAACAGUGAUUUAACGACGUAAUUGUAACUCAAAUUUAUUAUCAUCACAUUCUACUAUAAUUUUAAAGUUUUUUUUUCAAUAUUUAUCGGGAUAAAUUACGACGAUAUCGGUAAUAAGGGUUUGCAAUUUUUGCAUAAAAAGUUCUUUAUCAUGUACCGCUUGUUUAAUAUCUCUAGUAAAUGUUGACAACGUUUUUUCAAACGAAAUAAACUAGAUAAUAAAUUUAAAGUAAUAGGAGGCACUUAGAAUCGAAAAAGAUGCAAGGAAUCCGGAGAAACUUAUCUACCAGUGCAAGAAAAGAGCCAUUAAGAGCACCGGAACAGUAGUCUUCUCCACCCACGUAAUAGCCGGAGUACGGCCGGUAAAGUUCGGAGCAGAUUUCACGAGAUGGAGGCACCAAUCGUCGUCAACAACUUGCCGAACAACUUCAAGCUCGGUGGCGAGACAGAGACAGAACUAGACGACGCAACCACGACGAGCCUGAAUUGCGGCCUGCGAGGCUGGUACAAGAUUAAAAUUUUGGAUUUAGGAAAAAAGACUUUUGAGACGCCGGGAAUCGUGAGAGCAGCUGACAAGGACAUGGCUAAACUGGGUGAGUCCUGGAGAUGAGCCACAUUCAACGCAAGACACUCCAAAUUAAGAUUUGUCUGGUGAUGAGGAUGAUACUGUUGCAGCCUUGAGUCUGGCAAAAGAUACAUUGAGACGCAACUGUAAAAAUGGAGUCACAUGAAAGUCCUGAGGACAAGAAUUUGGAAACUUCAAAGGAAAUAGAAGUUUCUAAUUCUGUAGAAGAUAAAGAAAGUGAAAAUGAAUCAGAUGAAGAUAGUUCUGAUGACAACAUGGUGAUAGAAGAAAAUGAGAAAAGUGAAACUGAAGAGGACAUGUGUAAAAAAACAAAUGAAACUGAAAAGAACAUUGUUGAGCCAGAGGAUACAGAUAGUGCAAAAAUCAAUACCCUACCAAAUGAUUCUAUAACAAAAGAAAAAGAAAGAAAAAAGGAUGAUGAUAAAUCAGCAGAGGAUUCAGAGGUCAUUAAAGAAAUCGAAAGUGCAGAAUUAGACACUCCUACUCAAGCAGUAACCUCGGUUACACCUAAAGAUACCAACGAAAUAAACAGGAAAAGAAAAAGCACAAACACACCGCCAGUCCGCAGCUCACCGGUGGAGCAGCAACAAAAUGGAGGCGUCGGCAGUGAUGGCGUGGCGAGCAAGCGAAAGCGCCUGGACUCGAAGACAGACCGAUUCUGCUGGCGCUGCCACAAGGAGUCGGUCGAGACGCAAUGCAGCGCCUGUCCGAGAUCAUGGCAUCGCAGAUGUAUGGGCGGUGCACCGCCACUCUCCGUUACCAACUGGAUAUGCGGCGAGUGUGCGGGUAUACUGCAGGCCGAAAAUGCGGAGACUCGUAGCCAAUCCAUGGCCCAGCUUACUGUGGACCAGCUGUGCAUGAUGCUAAAACAUGUUGUUGAGAGAAUGCGGGAUCAACACGGGUCUCAGCCCUUCUGGAAAGCAGUCGAUCUAAAUGAAGUUCCUAAUUAUUUAGAAUAUGUCGUGAAACCAAUGGAUUUAAGCCUACUUGAAUCAAAUGUUCGUGCCAAGCUUUAUGGUAGUACCGAUGCUUUUAUGGCUGAUGCAAAAUGGAUUCAACACAACUGUAUAGUUUUCAACACGUGUGGUGGUGUUUAUGCAGAUACGUCGAAGCUGACAAAUACAGCGAAGCAGAUGCUAAAGGUAGCGCGACAGGAGGUAUCGGAAAUCGAGGCUUGUCCGGACUGCUUUGCACAUGGGCGCAACCUGCCUCGACCACUGCCUUCAUGGUUCGUCGAGCCUUGCCGCAGGCCUCAUCCAAUCGUCUGGGCCAAGUUAAAAGGGUUCCCCUUUUGGCCAGCAAAGGCGAUGCCAAGGCUCAAUACUCAAGGACUCGUGGAUGUGCGCUUUUUUGGGGAGCACGAUCGGGCCUGGGUCUCGCCUAAGGAUAUCUACCUUUACUCCCAGGAGCCUCCUGUUGCAUUGCCCAAGAAGAAGAAGCUCGAAAUGGAGCAGUGCGUCAAGGAGGUCGAGGAGCAUUCCAAGAAACUCGAACAAGUCUUUGGGGAAUUCAGGUACGCGUCACCAAAAGUCCAAUACGAUCCACACGAUCAAAUGCAGAUACAGUUGUUACUCCCAAACUACGAUCCGUCACAAAAUUCACGAACUGCCGCGCCAAAGGCAGAUUCGCAGCAACCACAAGUUAAUAAUAAAUCGGUGACACUAAAGGUGGAUAAAAAACCGCAACCGGAGCCAAAAAGCACCAUCGUGGCAAGUACAAACGGAGUGGCUGAAAGUACCCCUAUCGAGAAACGUAAAUUAGUUCGAAAGAAGAAAACGGUUGAAUCGCCUCAACCUUCUUCUGUAAACAAGGCGAGUCCUGAAAUUGAAACCAUUAUCGUCGAUCCAAAAAGUAAAAGUCAAAGUAGAAGUCCCCCUGCGACGCCAACGUUGCUUGUUAAUAAUAAUAUCAGCAAAGAGAAGUCGAAGAGUAAAUCGCCCGAAUCACCUGAUAUAGCCGAGAUUAUAGAAGUGAGUCCUAGUGGCCCUCCUAAGAAGAGUGUUGUAGCUCCCAUUAGAAAAUUAAAGGGUGACGUUAUCAAUAAAAGACCAUCAUCGGAAAAGGAUGUUGAUCAUCAGGAUGAGCCUUUAGCGAAAAAGCCCAAUGUAAUUAAAAACGCGAAUGGUAAACCCAACACUAUUGUACAUUCGAUGCCUGGUUUAAAUAGUUUGCAGAAUCAUAGCGAUAUCGUCAAGACCGUUUCGCCAGGACAAAAGCCAAAGACGAUUUACAUACAUUCAAACAUGAGAAAAUCUUCGAGUUUGGUUCCCGUCAAUUCGAAGUUCAGUGCAAAAUCUCCACAAUCAGAGAUCAGGCUGGUAAAUAAGGGCUUGAAUAAAUCGGUGAACAAGGAGGCGACGAGGUUCCCAGUGAAUAACAUUCAGAGGAGCAAGGACGAUUCGUUAAGCAAUAGUAGUAAACCGAUGACUGCGAUACCAGUGUCAGCGAAAAAGGAUCAAAAAGCGAUGUAUCAUAUGAUGAACUCUAAUACGUCAGAGUCGGCGAAACAUUUAAGCGAAAAAGAUACAAGGUUGAGUGAUCCAAUUACGGCAAUUAAGCAAGAACCUAAAGAUGAUGUAUCACCAAAGGUACCGUUAAUGAGGAAGCCAGGAAAGGCACGAAAGUCCUUCCCAAACAAGCCUCCAAGUUUUCCGCAGGUGAUGACGCCUACGACGUCGGCAACGCCACCCUCAUCAUCAUCAUCGUCGUCGUACCCACUGACGAAGGCAGCAGCAAGCGCCAAUGAUGCGAUGGUCUACAUUCCUCCGCAGAGCAAUGAUCUGCGCUCUUCGGCGUAUGAAUUACCUCCGCCUGAAGCUGGUCCCGCUACGGCUCAGAUACACAACACCUCGAGGGAUUUAGCGAACCGAGUGGCACAGCUUAUCGCGGAAACAAUAAAAGAAGCAGCAGAAAAUAAUGCAGUGGGAGGUGGAAGCGUGGUCAAUCACCAUGAGGCAACAAUACAUUACCUCAAGCUCAGGAUGGAGAGGCUCAAAUGGGAGCAUAAGCAGGAGAUGGCGGAAUUAAAGCACAAUAAUGAACUCGUUUUACGGGAACUAAAAGCGAGUAUGGAGGUGGAGAAAUUUCGUGCCGUGCAGGACGUUCGUCGCGAGGCCGAAGCGGACAAGCUGCACAGUAUUGAGGAGACGAAGCGCAAGCAGUGGUGCGUUGUCUGCGGCCGCGAAGCCAUGUUUUACUGUUGCUGGAACACCGCUUACUGCGACUAUCCAUGCCAACAGAAACACUGGGCAUCGCACAUUACCACAUGUGGUCAGAAAACGCAAGUUCAGACCCAAACUCAGAAAACUCCACAACAGCAGCAAAAGAGUGGAUCAUCCUCGUCACAAUCGGUGCUAAAAAGCCAGCAGGUGAUGCCCAAGCUUGUGAUAAAUAGGCCGCAACAGUCGUCCGGUUUGAGGAGGGCCUAGAGAGUCAAUUUGUGCGUGUAAGUCUGUCGACCUAAAGCAAGACACAAGCGCCACAUUUUUACAUGAUAAUCUUGUUUCGUUUUCCGAUUAAGCGCUAAGUCAAAGUUAAUGUCGAGGUCGGCCUGACUAUAUGAUUAUAGUCUCUUGUGUCCUUUUUCCUUUGCGUUUACAAUACAGGAAAAAUGCUCGACAGAUAAGCACUCACAAACUUUUAAACUCAUUUUCUGAUGACUUUGUAGCUUUUUAGAAUUGAUUGUGAGAUUUAUUUGAGUCCUGUUUUCUUUUUUACUUUUGUAAUUUUUUGUUAUUACUUAUGUUAAUACUUGAUAUAUGAAUCUUUACAAACGUAUUACUUAUGAAGUAAAAUCGCAGAUACUAAUUGGUACUUUUAUGAUAAAAAGUAUCAAAGUACAAACGGUUCAUAGUAAUCUAAAAUAUGCACGUAAUAUUAGUAGCAUAUCGUAAAAUUUAAAUAGUAUUAAGUAAUAAAUAUAAAUGAGUGUUCUGUAAAUCUUGGACAAAUGUCUUUGUAUAUGCAAUUUCUUUCUAAUAUUUUCGAAAAUGUAAAAACUCAUGGAAUAUAGUAUUUUUAGAAUCCUAAUCAAAACAGAUUGACAAAAAAUGGCAAUAAUCGUAUUUCUAUGGUAAUAUUAGAAAGCUAUAAAAGUAUCAUGAUUGUCGUUCGAAAACAAUCGACUUCUUAAAUUUCACUAUACGCUUACUUUAGGAACGUAUUUAUCAUAUAAAUGUUUCGACGAUAUGUGAACGACACAUAAUUGUUUUAAGUUUUAUUUUUAAGAAGUUUAUUUCAUCAGAAAUGCAUUUAAAAAGGAACAGAAAAAAAACAGAUUUUUUUAUGAAAAAUAAAGAUUAUUAUUAACCUUA